GAGAGAAGCGGAGACUCAUCCACUUUCUUCCCCGCAGGUCGGCAGGACUACUGAGGCCUACCGGCUAGAAUGCCGCCACGGCCCCCAACCCCUCAAGCCAGCGAUCCGCUAGCUCUCUUCUCCGCCUUCUUUGCCGUGGCAUCGCAGGCCCAGGCCCAGACCCCAACCCUUGAGCAUCCCAGGAAGUGGCGGCGCCUCUCGAGGGCGGCUCGGAGGAGGAGGAGGCGCGGCUUGCUCCGACUAAAGCCCGACGACGAAGGCUCGGGAGGACUGCGGUUCGCGGCUGACCAUCGGAGUCAGAGUCCGAACCUGGGGCAGCAUCGCUGGCGUGCCCCAGGGCUCAGCACCGCGCGGUGCCGGUUCCAGCUGCCCUCUCGAGACGGCUCCGCCCCCUGCAGCCCCGCCGGCGUCUCCCCCCACUCGGCUCGACCCCGCCCCUCCAUCCCGCGUCCCAGAGGCCCCGCCCUCACGCUCUCAGCUGAAAAACCCCUCUCCCGGCCCCGCCCCUACCGGCGGCCCCGCCCCCGCCCCCGCCCGCGCCCGCGCCUCGGGCGCACUUCUCCUUGCUCCGCGGCAGGGCCCGCGCGAGUCUCCGCGCUCGGUCGCCUCCCCUUCGGCCCCUCCCCCCAUUGCCGUGGUCUGGCAGCGCCUGGCCGGCGGCCCGCGGGCGGGCCGCCCUACCCGUUGUAGCCCACCCCCCUCUUAAAG